AUGCAAAAACAAGAUCAUUUUGAACGUUAUUCACCACAAUAUCCUCUACCUGUUGAUAUAACAAACAUGUCUCGACAAGAUACAGUCUGUCAAUUUUGUGGCGUUUCUUAUUUGAUUCAUAAUGAAAUAAAAGCACUUGAAGCGAAAUGUCAAAAACUUGAAGCUGAUUUAACUUAUUACGCUGACAUGAAUUCACGAGAAAGCGCUUUAGAACAAACAUUACAAAAUGAACGAACACGUAUAUCUGAUCUUGAAUCAACGAUUGUGAUUAAUACUCACAAACUCAAUGAAAUGACAAGAAAACUUCAGUUAAUACAAGAUCAACUAGAACAAUCAGAAAGUGCUCAUCAAGAAACGAAGAGGCGUUUUUCCGAAUAUGCAUCAAAUCUACGACUUAUAUGUCAUGAAAUACAAAAUAUUCGAAAAGAAUACUCUAUUUCACAAGAUCUCUAUAUCAAUGAUAUUCAAAAUUGGAAAACAUACCUACAUACAGUUGAUAAUUCAUUGCAAAAAGAAAUUCGAAGAACAAUGGAUAAGAACACUAAACAAAUGUGUAAUUAUCAAACAGAAAUCGAACAGUAUCAAAAACAACUGAAAACACAAAAUGAUUUAGAAGCAGCCCAAAAAGAAAUCAUAAUUCAACAAACUGAAUUAUCAUCUUUACGUGAACAAAUAUCACAACUCGAACAAACUAAAUUCGAAUUAAAAAAUGAUUUGAAACAAAUCCAACAAUAUUCUCAACAAUUAGAAACACAACUAUCUGAAAAAGAUCAAACAAAAACUAAUAAUGAUCUAAUCGUUGAUCAAUAUCGACAACAACUUUCCAAUGAAAAAGAACUUCGAUUAAAAGCUGAUGACGAACUAGAAAAUAUUCGAUCAAAAUUUCUUGACCUAACCAAUGAUUAUGACCAAUUGAAUAGAAUGAAAACUGAAUUCGAAACAAACGAAUUAAAUACUCGACGAAAAAUCGAUGAAAUGUCUCGAUCACGUCAAGCUGUUCUUGACCGUACACGUGAUGAAUAUGAAAAACUAUUACGAAAAUAUACCGAUCUUGAUGAAGUUUAUCAGGAGCUUGCUAAUCUACAAGAAAAAGACAUUUUAGAAUCAAAAACGACUCGUGCUAAGCUCGAACGUUUACAUGAUGAUAACACCGAGCUAAGGAAACAACGAGAAACACUUGAAAUUACACAUGAUAUACAAAUAAAGAAACUUCAUGAUAGUUAUUCAAUUAAAUUACAUGAUGCAGAAAAAUGGCCUGAUCAUCUUCAAACUGAAUUAAAUCGCGAACGAGAACAACAUCGAAUACAAAUGCAUGAACUUGAACAACGUCUAACAGAAAGUUUUCUCACUGAACUGAAUAUUGAAAAACAAAAAUAUAUGGGUCUUCUACGUAAAUAUGAACAUGAUUCUGAUCAUUCAACAGAACAACUUCGUCAGGAAUUGCUCUCAACAGAAAAAGUAACAAUUGAACAACGAUCAUAUUAUACAAAACAAAUUGAGCGACUUGAAAAAGAUAAACACGAUUUGAAAAACGAAUUAGAUAAAUUAAGAAAUGUUCUUAAAGAAUUACAUGAACAGAUUAAUAAACAAGAGUCAAUGAAUAGUGAUCGAGUAGACCAUUUGAAGUUAAAAGAAGAUUUGUUAACGAAAGAAACAAGCUUAUUUCAAGCACAAUCAACUAUUAAUGAAUUACAAAAAUGUUUAGAACAAAUACGAGAAGAAAUGCUAAUUUUACAAGAAACAGUUCAUAAAGAGUGCACAGAACGUGAACAAUUAAAAGAUGCUCUUAUUGAUGCACGUCAACAAUUACUUGCAACAAAAAAAAACAGUGUCCUAAAUGGAGCAGUAUCUCGAUCACUUCAUUCUCCUCCAGUAGCCUUUGAAGAACUUGAAAAACGUGUGCCUGCACCACUUUCUUAUUCUCAAAAUUAUCGACGUAAUAAAAUUACUUCCAUUCACUCUGAACCAGCAAGUCAUGAUAAUAGUAGUAUUCCAAAUGAUGCGGCCGAUUUAAUAGCUAGAUCAAUGCCUUCAUCACAAAAUCUCUCAUAUCGUUACAAAGCACUUCCACCUAUUCAUUAUCAACAACAACAACAACAACAACAACAACAACGCCGAAAUCGAAAUACGAUAUCAUCAAAUAAAUCAGAACAAUUACUCGAAAAUCAACGACGUAUUGCUCGAUUUAUAAAACAUAUUAAGUGA